UGGCGCUCCGGCGGUCUUUUUGAUUUGAGAUUUGUUUAUCAAACUAAAGUUUUGUUAUUGUUUCUUUUUAACUACUAAAAUAAUUACUUAAGAGUUGGCUAUUGCUUUCUUUUGUUUUGUAAACAUCAAAUUGAGUUUAUAAGCCUGUGUCGAGGGUAAAUUUAUGUCAUGUUAAUUCACAUCCAUUUACUCGGGCGUUCACUAAAACCUCUGCAGUUUGUUCAGCAUGAACACCUCGGGUCCUCAGAAAAAGAGGAGCUACAUGGGACAGCACCAGGUCAAAAAGAAAACAAGCUUCCAAGCUCAUGAUGAGCCACCAAACGGAGACAGACAGAAAACAAGCCUGUCAGACAAAACAAACGGAUCACAGAACAGCAACAAAGACAACCGCACGAACGGAGGAGCUGUGUUUCUGCUGGGAGAGUCCACUUUAGCUCUCAGUGAAGAGGUCCUGCAGGCGCUAGACGCUGUGGAGCCCGCAGUAAACAGACGUGCCCCGGAAAGACCAUCAUCAGCAUCAACUCCCUUUGCCCCUUUACACCCCCUUGCACUAGUUGCACAAAAUGAAAAUGAGAGAGAUUUGGUGCAGGUCAGAGAUGGAGCAUCUUUUCACCCCUCAGACAAAGGAUCCCACAGACACCCUUGCUCUCUGGAUGGAGUCUGUGAGCCUAGAGGGGAUAGCAAGCGAGCCAGAUGGAGAGCUGACUGCAAAGAGCUUGCUCAAAAGCUUCUCUUCAGUGAGGACUCAGAGGAAGUGGAACAUCCACAGAGCACUACUUCAAAGCUUGCUUCUGCCUGUGUCAACGUUGUAGCUUGCCAGAACACACAAAACAGUCAGAAAGCAGGCAGAUCCAGCAUCCAGAAGCUUGUGUCUAAAAGAAAGAGUUCUCCUUUUAACGAAGACAAAAGUGGGUCAAGUAAGAAAGGUCAUCUAUCCAGGGACUACAUCUUGUUCAGCCCCACCCGUCUUGCGGCAGCUAUGAAGAGGGCCAAACUCCAGCGAUCGUUACAGAAUCAGUCUGCUUCUGUGCUCACAGUCCCCAGCGGCUUAGAGCUCAGUACUCUCAGUGACACGUUGCCUCAUCCAGGUCCUGCCUUGUGUGCUCCUCCUGACCAAGCUGAAAAGCUGUUGCUUUCCAGCUGGGGCUUACCAAAACCUGUGCUGGAUCGAUACCAGAAACAUGGAGUGACUCGGAUGUUUGAGUGGCAGGCACAGUGCCUUGCUGUUGGACAGGUGCUGCGGGGAGGUAACCUGGUGUAUUCUGCCCCUACUAGUGCUGGAAAAACUCUGGUGUCAGAGCUGUUGAUGUUAAAGCGUGUGUUGGAGACAAAAAGAAAAGCUCUCUUCAUCCUGCCAUUUGUCUCUGUUGCAAAAGAGAAGAUGCAUUACCUUCAGAGCAUAUUUGAAGAGGCAGGAGUUCGGGUGGAGGGGUACAUGGGCAGCACCUCUGCUGCUGGAGGGUUCACAGCUCUGGAUGUUGCUGUUUGCACCAUUGAAAAAGCCAACUCUCUUAUUAACAGACUUAUUGAAGAGAAUAGUAUGACUCUUCUAGGUAUGGUGGUAGUAGAUGAGCUGCAUAUGGUUGGAGAUUCUGGAAGAGGAUACCUGCUGGAAUUGCUCUUAACUAAAAUCCGCUACAUUGCACAGAAGCAGAACAGCACAGGGUCUCUUUCUGAGGGCAUUCAAAUAAUCGGUAUGAGUGCCACUUUGCCAAACCUCUCGCUCCUGGCUAGCUGGUUAGGUGCAGAGCUGUACCAGACAGACUAUAGACCUGUACCCCUGCAGGAGCACCUCAAGGUGGGCUGCAACAUCUAUGACCAGAGCCUCUCUGUGGUCCGACAUUUUACCCCUGCACUCCACGUUAAGGGUGAUGAUGACCACGUAGUGAGCUUGUGCUAUGAGACAGUGAGAGAGGGCCACUGCGUGCUGCUAUUCUGCCCUUCAAAGAACUGGUGUGAGAAACUGGCAGAUACUAUCGCGAGAGAGUUUUACAACCUCAGACAUGCUGAGCGUCAGAGCGAAGCUGAGCCUCAGCCAGUGCGUCUGGAUCAGGAGGGACUAGUAGAUGUAAUAGCUCAAUUAAGACGAACUCCAGCUGGUUUGGACCCCAUCCUGCAGCGCACUGUGCCAUGGGGCGUGGCCUUCCACCAUGCUGGAUUAACAUUUGAUGAACGUGACGUAUUGGAGGGAGCUUUUCGCCAGGGCAUGAUCAGAGUCCUGGCUGCCACCUCGACCCUCUCAUCAGGGGUUAAUCUCCCAGCGCGCAGAGUCAUCAUUCGAACUCCCACAUUCAACGGUCACUUGCUGGACCCGCUCACAUACAAACAGAUGGCAGGACGAGCAGGGAGAAAAGGAAUUGACACUACAGGUGAAAGUGUGCUGGUGUGUAAGGAGGCAGAGCGUCAGAAAGGUAUCACUCUGCUUAAAGGUGCUCUUCAGCCAAUCAGCAGCUGCCUGGUGAGAAGAGAGGGUGAAGGUGUUACCACUAGCAUGCUACGAGCCAUCCUGGAGAUAAUCGUUGGAGGCGUAGCCAGCACUCCACAAGAUGUGAGAUUGUAUGCUUCAUGCUCACUUCUGGCUGCCAGCAUGAAAUGUCACGGCAAAAAAGUCUCCAAAGAAGAGACCAGUAAAGGUUCUAUUGAGACCUGUGUUGAAUGGUUGAUGGAGAAUGAAUUUAUUAACAUUCAAAAAGAUGGACAAGAUGAGCGGUACUGUCCAACUCAACUUGGCGCCGCCACCCUUUCUUCCUCCCUAUCUCCUCCUGAGGCUCUAGGAAUAUUUGCAGACCUGCAGCGGGCCAUGAAGGGCUUUGUCCUGGAAAAUGAUUUGCACAUUUUGUACCUGAUCACUCCACUGUACGCAGAGUGGACCACCAUAGAUUGGUAUCAGUUCUUCUGUCUGUGGGAGCAGCUGUCAUCAUCGAUGAAGAGAGUAGCAGAACUGGUUGGCGUCCAGGAAGGCUUUUUGGCACGAUCUGUGAGCGGGAAACUUGUUGCCAAGACAGAAAAGCAGCACAGACAAAUGGCUAUUCAUAAACGGUUUUUCACAACUCUUGUACUGCAGGAUCUGGUGAAUGAGGUGCCUUUGGGAACCGUUGCAAACAAAUACAACUGCAGUCGUGGCCAGUUACAGUCUCUCCAGCAGUCCGCUUCCACAUAUGCAGGUAUGGUAACUGUGUUCUGCAAGCGUCUCGGCUGGCACAACAUGGAACUGCUUUUAUCCCAGUACCAGACCAGGUUGAGCUUUGGAGUCCAGAGGGAGCUGGUCGACCUGGUCAGAGUUUCCCUUCUGAAUGCAACUCGAGCCAGAGCGCUCUACGCCCAAGGCCUCUGCACUGUCGCAGAGCUGGCCAGGGCCACCGUAGCUGAUGUUGAGAAAGCCCUGCGGAAUGCCAUCCCAUUUAAGAGCUCCAAGCGUGCAGUGGAUGAGAGUGAAGUGGAGGCAGCUGAGAGACGAAGCCUCCGAUGUGUCUGGGUGACCGGUGGACGGGCUCUCACAGAACAGGAGGCAGCUGUUGAGAUAGUGUCUGAGGCAAGGCUCCUUCUUCAAGAAGACCUGGCCCAGUUAGGAAUUCAGUGGGAUCCUACAAGUCUUCCUCCUGGGGCUCCUGCUGUAAACAGCCCUGAUGACCAUCACUCUGGGGAUUCAGACACCUCGUCCUCCUCGUGUCUCAGUGCACAAGAACCAGAGACAAACAAUGAUCAUGGAGAAGAGAUUAGGGAAGGCUUUAAAAGUGAUGAAAAGAUGUCUGAAGUGAAAAUGGAGGGAAGGAACAGCAGGCAAAAAAGGGAAGCAGGCAAAGAGUUAGGAGUGAUGGAAUCAAAGAGAAUAUUGGAAGAUCCCAGAAAGGAAGGCAGAUCUGACCCAGGAUUCGGGGAAGCAAACAGUGAAGUUAAAGUGGAAAGAAAAAAUGAACCAUCAAAAGCAGUGACAAAGAAAUCAAUAACAAAUGCCGCAGAAAAUCAAGGUGAAAACGCAGAGAACAUAGGGUCAGAGCAGGAAGAGAAGGAGUGCCACAAAGCAAAGCGAAAAGAAAGAGACGCAGAUGGAGUAAAUCAGUCUGUUCCUGAACAGAGCCUAACACAGGAGUUGGCUGAGAUUAUAUCUAGCCCCCUGCCUGUGCCUGCACCGGGACCACAGCCUCAGGCCUCACCUUCUCCAAUACUGCUUCCACGUUUUAGAGCCCCAAUAUCACGGGCAGAACAACAGCAAACUGUUUCCACAAGGACAGUGAAAGGAGACUGCACCACAGGGCUUACUGUUUCACCUGUGCAGCCUGGUAUACUGAAGAGAGCCUUAAGAAAAGUCCUGCACUCCAUACAGACUGACAAAAGUCUGCAAGAUAACGUUGAGACCGCAGAAACGUCACACUCGAAACCUGCAAUAGUUUCUUCAGUCAAAAAUUCAGCUCCUUCAGGUCAGCUGCUAGUAACUAUUCCUGCCCCUCGCCCUAUGCACGAAACCCCUCCUCGUACUUCUGCACCUACAAAUCCAGACUCAUUAAACUCUCCCCUCUCUGACUCCUCUGCCGCUGUUCCUGAGGCCAAGCGAAGACGGAUGGAUGGCAGAGAGAAGUUUUCAUCUCCUGAGCUCUACGGAGGAGAUAAGACAGAUGAUGAAAUUGAGGGGGAUGUUAAAAUGGGAGAAGAGAGUUUUGGUGACAGCUUUGAACUGGACACUCAGACAGAGAGAAUCAUUGUUCAACAGACAGAUGAGGAGGUCAGAUGUAUGGAUCAGGCAGCUGAAACAAAAAAGAGAAGAGAAGAUAAAUUGUUGGAAGUAGCUGCAGGUCUGGAGGAAAAUGGACAUGAAAGAACAAAUGGACUUAAAGGGCCAGACAGAGCACACCCCAGCUUCAAUAUUUCUCUCACAGAUAGCCAGAUGGAGCUCAUCCUCAAUACCAGCCAUCAGAUUUCCCCUGAGCCAGGAGGUGGUGAUAACAUGGAUAAAGAUGAAAAUGAAGGUGCAUUUAAUGAUGAGGCCCCGGAUCCUAAUCAGACCUCUUCUGUGAGUCUUAACAGAAGCAGUAGCUUCCUUUUUGACAGCUUAUAUCACAGCCCUCUGCUGGCAGAUCUGAGCCCACACCAGAUCCCUGACCAAUCAGAUGAGGAGGAAUCUAUAAGCCAGGAGGUGAAAGGAAAGCGUGCUUCAUCGACCCAGGAGAGACGACGCAGUGAGCUUCUUGCCAACCAGGAAGCAGAGAAGCAAGAGGCUAUCCAAUGGGGCGAGUCUUUCUUUAACCUGUCAGAGUGGGGUGACUCGCUGCUGAUCGGUGAACACUAUCUGGAAAGGCAGAGUUUGUUCAGACAAGCAGACGGUACUGAACAAGAGCAUGAGCAAGUGAACCCAGAAGAGAAUGUUCUGUGUGAAGGACAGCCCUGCCAGAUGCAGCCACAACUCACUACUACACCUCAAAAUGAACAUGAUGAGAAAAAUCGAGGUCAUCUAAAAAACAUUAAACAACGUAGCACACAAGAAAGUGUUAAACCAGGAGGGAGACAGGAAAUAGGUAUUGAAGAUGUUGAAAAUGCAAAACAUGUAGAGACUAAAGGAGAAGAGAGGGAAAACAAAAAGAAAAUGGAUGCCAUAUUGUCACAUAAUGCAGUUUUUAAACAACCCUUUCUGCAAAAUGCUCCAGAGAGUGCAUUUGAUUGUAGCCCUGGUUUACAAGAGAUCUUUGACCGCUGGCCUAGCAUGUCUGACCAGCCCUUGCAAAACACAACAGAAGGCCUCACAGUCAUUCAAACGCACGCUGCUGCUGCUGCAAACACAGCUGGUGCUCCACUGAUACCAGAGUCCUCGAAGCAAGCAGGCAAAAAGAGGGAGAAGUUACAGCAAUCUGCUGCUUCAAGUAACUCUCAAGAAGGACGACCUAUAAGAAGUGACAGUGAAAAUUUACUAGAAAGACCAGGAUCUGCUGGUGACCUCAUUCCCCCAACUCAGGAAACACCACCUGUUACACCGAGAGUAAAGCUGACCACCUCGUCCAUCCAGUCGCCACUGAACCAGUCGACUCCGUCAAGUCGCUUUCAAAAAAAAUUGGCAAUUGCAAAAUGUCCUAAAACUCCCACAGGAAACCAUAAUCUUCGAUCAGUAGUUUCUGCUUCUGACAAUAAGAGUCUAGAAUCAACAACUGAUCACCACCAAAAAUGUGGACAGGAACCACAGACGCUACCGAACCCUGAACUAACAACUGUUCUGCAGUCAAAUUUGAAAACCACAUCCACCAGCGAGACCCUCUUCCCUCCCCGACACUCUGCUCCUCCAUCCUCCCCACAGCCACAGCCUCCCUCUGAUACAGAGUCACCUGUGUUUCACGAAAGCUUCACACUUCAGCUGUCCCAGGAUGCAUCUGUCUGUUCUAGCAACUCCGGGACUUUCUCCAUCAUAGACGUGGCAAGCGACAGGCGCCUCUUUGAAACGUUCAUUAAAGAGUGGAAAACAAAACAGCACUACUCUCUGGCUUUGGCCUGUGAAAGGACAGAGCAGCCUGAGGGGGAAAUAGGAGGGAAACAAAACAGAGGGUCAGAAUCUCAGCACAGGCUGAACACGCCUGAUGGAUUUCCAUUAAGGAACAGCGAAGGGCUUGUUCUGAUUGGAUUGUCUGUAUGCUGGGGAGGAAGAGACGCAUACUAUGUAUCUCUGCAGCAAGAGCAGAGCAAAGGCCUGAGCUCCAGUCUGGCCCCUCCUCCACUGGAUAAUGACUUGCCAGUAAAUGAGAGGCUGGAGCAGGUGAAAGCUUGUCUGAGCAGCCAAUCAGCUGGUCAUGAAGUGCGUGCGGUAGUUGUAUAUGACAUCAUACAGGUGUACAAGACGCUUGUACUGAGCUGUGGAAUCAGCUUGGAAGGAAACUGUGAAGACCCAAAGGUUGCGUGUUGGCUGCUGGACCCUGGCAGUGAGGAGAGGACUUUACCCAACAUGGUCACUGUCUACUGUCCAGAAGAGUUACCGCUGCUGGACGGACUUGGAAAUGCACAUUCACACUGUUCCCGUGUUAGGGCGGCAACCACAAGCGUGCUCAUACACGCCGUCAUGAACCAUCUGACCGGCAUGCUAGAGAAAGAGGGCACACUGGAUUUCUUCAGGAGCAUAGAGAUGCCUUCCCAGGUUUGUUUGGCCCUGCUGGAACUGAACGGAGUCGGCUUCAGUGUUGAAGAGUGUGAGCGACAAAAACACGUCAUGCAAGCCAAACUGUCUGCGCUGGAAUCUGAAGCUUACGCUUUGGCUGGACACAGCUUCUCCCUCACCUGCGUCGAUGACAUUGCACAGGUGUUGUUCUUAGAACUCCACCUACCUCCAAAUGGUGAUGUAGGUGGAUCAAAAAGUAAGAAAACCCUGGGAUACACGAGGAGGGCAGGUGGCAGAGUGCGACUUGGGAAACAGUUCAGCACCACGAAGGAUGUUCUGGAGAAACUUCGCCCGCUGCACACGUUGCCAGGUGUAAUUCUGGAGUGGAGACGCAUCACUAACGCCUUGACUAAAGUGGUCUUCCCUCUGCAGAGGGAAAAACGAUACCACCCCACACUGGAGAUGGACAGGAUAUACCCCAUCGCUCAAACACACACAGCCACAGGUAGAGUGAGUUUCACCGAGCCAAACAUACAGAACGUCCCCAAAGACUUUGAGAUUCACAUGCCCACCAUGGUGGGUGAGAGCCCACCUUCACAAGAUGGCUGUUACAGGACGACCAAAGCAGGAAAGAGGAGACGCUCUGUGGUAUCUUCAGUCGCAGCUGGAACUUCAGAACAAGGCCCUGCCUUCUCUGUUAGCAUGAGACAUGCUUUCAUUCCUUUUUCAGGUGGAAUGAUAUUAGCAGCUGAUUACUCCCAGCUGGAGUUGAGAGUGCUAGCCCAUCUUUCAAAGGAUCAGCGUCUCCUGCAGGUGCUGAAUGGUGGAGCAGAUGUGUUUCGCUGCAUUGCGGCUGAGUGGAAGAGUGUCGAGCCGGAGUCAGUGAAUGACAGCCUCAGACAACAGGCAAAACAGAUUUGCUAUGGCAUCAUCUACGGGAUGGGAGCAAAGUCUUUGGGGGAGCAAAUGGGAGUGGAUGAGAAUGAUGCAGCAUGCUACAUUGAGAGUUUCAAAGCCAGAUACAAAGGGAUCAAUGCUUUUCUUAAACAGACUGUGAGGAACUGUAUAAAGGACGGCUAUGUCCAGACACUGAUGGGUCGCAGAAGAUAUCUACCUGGAAUAACCAGCAGCAACGCACACAUCAAAGCUCACGCAGAGCGGCAGGCAGUGAACACAACCGUACAGGGCUCUGCAGCUGAUAUUGUUAAACUUGCCACUGUCAACAUCCAGAAACGGCUACAAAAUACGUAUCCUGCAGCUCCUCCGUCUCACCAGCACACAAAUUCAGUCCGUAAUCAUCGCAGAGCUGGAAGAUCUCAACUCAGAGGAGCUUACUUCAUCCUGCAGCUGCAUGAUGAACUCAUCUACGAAGCCACAGAAGAAGACCUCAUACAGGUCGCACAGAUAGUCAAGAGAGAGAUGGAAUCAGCAGUGAAACUCUAUGUGAAGUUAAAGGCCAAAGUCAAAGUGGGACCCAGCUGGGGGAACCUGCAGGACCUCGAUAUAUGAAAUGUUACAGUUUGAUAUUUAAACCAGACACAAUGCACUUUUCCUCAGUUAUUAAUGUGUAGAUACUGUGUUAUGUUUUUAAUCACUACAGUGGCAAAGAUGAAAUGUAACAGUCACACUAUGAGAUCUGAAUGAACUUUUGAAUUUAUAAUUUAAUUUCCCAAGGUACUGUAUCAAAUUGUAUUUUUAGUUUAAAAAACAAAACAAAACCUCAGUUACAUGUAAUAUUUUCUCUCUAUAAAUAUCUGAUGUAAUAAAUUCAAAUCAUAGUGUCUGUAUUUGUUGUAAAGUUUGACUUCGAAGAACGAGUCAGCAGCUUCAAUUUUGAAGACAUCCUGAAAUCUCACAUUUUAUUGGACCACUGGUUGAGCUCGUCUGUCACAAGAACAUACAUCAGUAUCUGUCAUUAACACUGCUUUGUUUUAAAAUGAUGAAUUCACUGCACAAGAAGUGUUGUCAAUAUGGGUAGACAUCUGCUGUAGAAAGGAAAUUUCACCACCUCUGGUUUUGAGCAGAGAAACAAAGGAACGCUGAGGAAGCAUCUCGUUGUGGUGUUCAGCCAGAAGGUCCAAGACAGAUGAUAAGAUGCAACUUAAUCUUCAAGACAAAGUUCAAUUUAACUGAUUCCAUUCAAAUCUACACUGACGUUAAUGCCACUGUAGGCACUACAGAUCGAAAGCCUUCUUUUUAACCUGGAACUUAAUGAAAGGGAGAAUUGUAAACCUGGAGAAAGACUUUCUGGAUGACUACUAUUCAUUAUUGAUUAUUUAACCAGUGCACCAUUACUCAGAGCUCAUCAAUACAGGCUCAGUCUGACCCCCCCCAAAAAGGCAUAACAAGUAAAUAAAUACAUGUCACAGACAUUCAUGAACAAAUACAACAAAUCAUGAACAGCAAAGAUUUUCUUUUAAAACAAAUGUGUUAUAACACAGGAGUGUGACCCCAGAUGUUUAAUGUCUGUCAAAAUAAGGCUUUUCUAUGUGUGAAACAGUCAUUAAACUCACGCCAGUUUUUGUAUUGUUAAUGAAGAACAUCUUGUUUGCUCAAACUAAUGUCAGUGCAGUCAUUACUCAAGUAUUUAUUAAGGUAGGUAAGACUAACGGCUACAAUUAAUUUUAAUUUUUUUUUAACCCAUUUUUUGUUUUUAAGUGCACCACACACUGACUGUCAUUUUACACCCGAAUGACUGCAGAACAACUUCAGCUUAACCUUUAAGUGAAACACAGCUUGUGUGUUGCUCUCAAAUGCUGGGUGAUAUCCAUGCCCUGUGUUUUAAACAUGUUUUAUAAUGAGGCAGUCAAAGUGAUGGGAAAAAAAAAAGAAAAAAAAAAAAAAACAAUCUGCAGACAAAAUGAUAAUCACUAUCUUUGGUGGUUUUGCCAUUGUUCACUUAACUUGUCGCACCUUAAAAUUAUACAACAAAUUUUGAUUCUUUUAUUUUAUUUCUAUAGAGGGAGACAGAAAAUAAUUGGCAAAUUUGUGGUUGGCAAUAUUCUCAAAGAACUCAGAGGACGAAGAUGUUGCGAAGCCUACCAACUGCUUGUCUUUAUUGUGCCAAAAGUUUAACUCACAAAAAAAAAAAAGUCAAACACAAGAACUGAAUGGGUCUGUGUGUUGGGAGUUUAAAGAUUCCUGUAAACACAGAUUUCAGUCAGACUCGUUGCCACAAACAGAAAAAAAAAGGGUUAAUAAUCAAUUAAGGCAUCGACACAGCCAGAGCUGUGCAUUUCACCACAGUAAAAAAAAAAAAAAAAAAAAAA